UGUUACAGGGUUUGUGUAAAGAUUUCAGUCUGAUCUCUUGUAUUUGAAUAACUUUACUAGUCUAUUUGAAACCAUGAUGUGGUCUGCUAUGAAUUGGCUCAGCCAAAAGGCUGGAAUUAAUUUAGAUGAUGCUCAUGAAGUUUUGCAUGGCAGUGAUGCCAGCUUUACCCAACAAGCUGACAGUGAUGAUGAAAAUUCAGAAUCAAGCAAAGAAAACCAGACUUUGGCAGGCAAUGCAGUGGCAACUGCAAAUGGCAAGCGUUUUCGUAGAUCUAGCCGUUGGGUCCCAGCCACAAGCCUCAGUCCAGCAGGCAGUAACAGCCCUGCUCAUCUCAGCAACAAUAACUCUCUGUUGUAUCAUGGAGGAGUAUCACCUUCUCAUGGUCCAGGAUGUAGUCCACUUCAUCCUCCUCUACCAGGCUCACCUCUCACACCAAUUAUGGUUCCCAGUGGCAUCAGUUCAAGUCCGUACUGCAACUCAGUCACUCCUACAGGAGCUCACCCAUCCAUGCCUCCCAUCAUGGUGCCCACUGGUGUCAGGACUCCAGUUAAUGUGGGCUUUAGGGUAGGCAAUGUCCCUGGACUUAUUGGUCCAGGCUUGGGAAAUACGGGCAGUUCAUCUAAAUUAUCAACUACCUCCAGUCAGUGGAAGGAGGCAAGCAUGGCUGCAGACAUAAACAGUCCUGGUUUUGCUUUUCGGAUUGCAAGACAGGCAGAGAAACACGCAGAUCUUGGCAGCAAGCUAUAUCCUACAGCGCAAGAGAAGUACUUGGUGGCAAAGCAUCUGCCCAGGGUGCGGUUACGAAGCCCCUCCAAGCCUGUAAUGACACCCAAGAAGCCCCAGUCAGUGCCUCUCAUCCAGCUGCCUUCCUCACCAAAGCCACCCUCUGCACUGGCUCCCUUACUCUCCACUUCACCCCACAUGACUCCCUCAGCCUCCUCGCUCUUCUCGCCUUCAUCUCAGCCCAUGCCAGAUUUCAGACACACUGAUUUUUUCACCACAUCCAUACGAUCAUCUGCUGACAGCCACCCGGUACUUUCUGGACUGCUUGAUGGCACAGGAUCUCCCAUAGAUCACCACAGCAACAGCCGCUCUCUUGACCCUAGUGACCUCACAACACUCGGUAACGGAGGUCCCUUUGGUGAAAGCUUUUGUGAUGAUGACUGCACUCAAGAUGAUCCCACGAGCCUUAAAGCUGUGUUGGCUGCCCUUAAUAAGUCCAAGCCUGGCAAGGGUAUCAAAAGAGCACGGAUACUAGACUGUGAGGACUCUGAUAGCAAGCGUCAAUGUUCUGAUGACACUCCACUCCUGCCUGAACCAUUUCCUCAUGGCUCUUUAACCAGUCACAACAAUUUCGCCGGAGGAGGUGGAGAGAAGCGAGCUCUGGACACAAGUUCUUCUUCAAGCCUAGAUAACUCCGGCCAUGGUUCACCCUGCGCAAAGGUGGCUCGCACCUCGCCAGAUAUACUCGAUGGACCGCUCUUAUCCAAGGCAGUUUCUUCUGACUUUGCUGCAUCGUCAACUUCUAAUAAUAUUACUCCUUCUCCUCCACGAGCCAGCCUACAGCGUGUUGCUCCUAGUGUGGGGCUUGGUGGAGGUUCCCAUUUGUUAGAACGUGACUCCGAAGAUGAUGGAGCACCAGCCAAGAAGCGUAAAGUCAACCCUUGGCUUGCAUCCUUUUCUUCCUCAAGAAAAAUGGUAGAAAGGGAGGAAAACAGUUCCGACACUCGCCUGGACUGCGAGAAUCUUGACACGGAUGGUGAAGGCUCUGAUAAAUCUUCAGACGACUCGGACAACUCCAUGAGCCAAGAAGAGGACGAAGACGAAGCUCCUGCGCCCCACCAGGGCAGUCCCGCCCCCACCUCCCACCAGCAGGCUCCUAAGGAACAUGGCGACGUGGUGCUAGAAGAGACUACGAGCGCCGCCACGCCUCACAUUGUGACGCUGUCUGCCCAUCGCUCCGACAAGCGCAUGCAGCACACGCGUCUCAAUAAAAUGCUCGGCAUGCUAUUCCAUCUCCCAGACGACGAAGUGGCGUCCAGCACCGCUAAGACAAAUAUGGACAUUUCAAGGUCUAAUUCUGUGUCAGCUGCCGGUUUUGUGGUAGCGUCUACAUCAGCAGCCACAUAUCAGUCUUCCAGCCUGGGCUUGUCAAUGCCCUCGACAGCUGUUGAGUCUUGUUCUGAGACCGCUACGACAGAAACUUCUGUUGUUGGACUUCAGGCGUGUACGACGAGUAGUUCGACCAGCAAUGUUACUGGCAUUACCGCGAUUACAGCACCUAGCUCAGAGGCAACUUCUACAGCUGCCUUAGCUUCUGUUGAAUUAGUGCGACAAGCAACUAUUUCUGCUGCAAAUGUCUCCGAGUCGACUUCAUCACCGGCUACAACUUUCUCAUUCAAAGUUCCGACAUCCACUAUAUCCAGUGAGGAUGCUAGUAUCGACCCAAAACCAUCUCAUGUGGUUGAUGGUUCUAAACCCUUGUUAAGUUUCUUGGCAAAUAAUGCCGCUUCGUGCCCCGAGAAACAAACCCCAACGUCCAGUAGUGUUGGGAACGUCGCCCCAUCUUCAAUCGCUACCACUACAGCACCUUCAAUGUUCUUCGGCUCAGGCAAGGAGACAGUUUCGUCUAGACCACUGACGACAUUCAGCUCCUCUUCAUCAAUAGAGCCCAGCAAUCAGGGAAACUUAUCAACACCUAUGAGUAAUGCCUUCGCCCCACCAAAUAUCUCCGUGAAUACCAUCGCGUCUACUGCUUCUUCCGCAGUCUCUGCUCCUUCUCUAGCGUUUGGCAAUUCAACGAGUUCUGGAAAUACUGGCAUGUUCACCUUUGGAAAAGCUCCUCCUCCUGCUUAUACUGCAUCAGAUUCUUCUCCUGUGAAUCAACCAGUUUCUGCUUCCGGUCUUAAGCUUCCUUCAUUUGGAUCACCGGCAGUGUCGGUUGUUCCCAGUACCACUACAACUAAUACUACUAUCAGCGCCAUUGGUGUUCAAGAUAACUCAUCUGAAAAGUCCAGCGGCUUUCAAUUCGGCUUUGGUGCCGCAUCAGGUGGCUUUGGAAAUCUCAAACCACAAGAACCUGCUGCAGCAGCAUCUGCAGGUGGAUUUAGUUUCGGUUCUUCUGCCACGUUUUCACAAGCCAAGGAUCCUAUAGUAUCAACUGUUGGAUCUUUCUUCGCAUUUGGUUCAAGUUCUUCAUCUAAUGCCGUUGUAGACUCUCCUGCUAAUGUCGCAGUUUCCGCGGAUUCAGCUUCAAAGAAUGCCACUUCGGGUACUAAUCCACCCAUGCUCAGCUUUGGUAACAAUUUAACUACUAAUGUCUCAUCUUCAAACAGUUCCACAUCUGCUGCCAAGGCUUCUAUUCCUACUUUUAACUUUGGGAGUGCAGGAACUAAUACAGUUGGGACUUCAUCCUCUGUAGCUUCGUCUGGAGCCUCUACAGUGCCAUUCACUAACUCUUCAAGCACAUCUUUUAGCUUCUGCCCAACUAAUUCAUCAUCUAUCAAUGAAAAAUCAGAAAGCAAUUCAACAUCUGCCAGCUUUACUUUCAUCGUCAAAAAUGACAGCAAGUCUGUAGAGGCAAGCAAAGCCAGCGUUGUCAGUUCUGCUUCUCCUUUCACUUUCGGAUCGGCAGCUACAGUUGCACCAACAGUGACACCGAAUAAUUCCUCAUCCACGUCUCUGUUUUCCUUUGGCAAUGUUGGUUCUACAACCGAAGCAAAGGCGAAUACUAACUCAGCAGGAGGCUUAUUCGCAUUUGGCGCUUCCAAUGCUUCUUCGACCGCUGCUCCAGUGUUUGGCGGUUCCGCAGUGACCGCAACCGACGGCUUUGGUUCUGGUGUACCUGCGACGACCGCUUCAACGGCUCCACAGUUUGGCUUGACCACUUCAAGCACGUUAUCUUUUGGAUCGUCCUCUAUUGCUACUAGUACGUCAUCAAGUGAUAAGCCUUUAACUGGUUUUGGAGGCUUUGGUAAUGCCGGCAAUCUUUUUGCGGGCAUAAAGAAUGGAGGUUCUAACUCGACAUUCGAUUUAGGUGUGGCUAGUAACAAUGCCACAUCUGUGACAUCAAAAGCAGUUACUUUUGGUGGUGCCAGCCUCGUUACCGGAGGAUCGGGAAAUUUGUUUGGGCAGACUGUUUCUGACAACGGUAAUAACUCGUCUAAUUUAUUCGGCCAAGCUGCUUCUGUAGGCUCAAGCGGUCUCUUUGGCAAGAUAGCUAGUAACAACAGCACGCCAGCUUUUGGUUCUUCCACGUUCGGACAAUCUAGUAAAGAAAACACCGAUAAACCGGCUUCUACUUCAUCGUCAUCUUCUCCAUUUCAGUUCGGGAGCUCUUCUACCAAUGCCAACACUGCAGGUGCUGCUUUUACUUUUGGAAGUGGUAGCGCUUCUGGCAAAAGUGAUACUACUUUUGGUUCUUUUUCAAGCUCGGCUGCCAGUCCCUUCGGGGGCGCUUCGACUGGAACAGGCCCAACAUUUGGAGCCUCUGCAUCGAACUCGGCUUCCACAUUUGGUUCAGGUACAUCAAAUCUUCCACCUAGUUUUGGUUCUACUACUUCAAACACUGCUCCGAGCUUUGGAUCGGCGCCUGGUAUUCCGGUUCCGAGUUUCAGCUCCGGCACUGCUUUAUCAAUACCAUCUUUUGGGUCAGCAUCAAGUGCCGUACCUUCUUUUGGCUCACCUUCGCUCGGCGCUCCAUCGUUUGGGUCUCCGUCACCUUCGUUUGGUUCUCCAGCUCCUGGCCAACCCGGCAUGUUUCAGUUUAAUUCUGGAAGCACGACGCCUCAACCGCAUAACGCCUUCAAUGCCAGUCUCAAUACGUUAGGAAGUUCUUUUGCCGCCCAGACUGCUGGCCUCGAUCAUCAAAACCUCUUCAGUGUUGGUGGUGGAAGUUCGAGCAACGCUAGCAGGAGACCACGCGCCCGCGCCCACAGAAGGAAUCGUUAAGACUAUCAUGCAAGUUGGAGGUUACUUUUAAGCCUACGUCAUGUCGCCCGUUUGUGUCCGUGGCGGUCAUCUUGUAUUUUCCAGCCCAAUUUUUGCAACUUCAGAUAGUGAAGGAUCGAUGUAACUUUCGCUUAGAAGUCGCCUUACAAUCUAAUAUUGCAGUUUAAGUCAGGCCAGUUGACAAGUUUUUUUUUGCAAGACUUCGUGAUCAAAAAAUAAGGGUUGUGAUACUGACUAUCUGAUGAACUACUUAGUACGUAUAAACAUUAUAAAAUGCCUUGCCUUAUUACUCUAUUAUAGCAAUUAUAAGAGUUACAUCUAGCAUUUUAUCGUUGUUAUCUUAACAACCGUUAUUUGAUUUUAAUUUGAUAUUGGACCUUAUUACUCGUACACCAUUGUAUUUUAUUCAAUUCUGUGUAAAAUUUCAAGCGUAAGUUUUACCUUGUUUGUAUUUUAAGUGUGAAAGUUACGCGAUCCUCUGCAGCGGGAAGUUCCUGCGAUUGUAACAUUUUUAUUCGAGCGUUACGUUCAGACUUCAGACUGAGCCUAUUAUUGAAAAGACGAAUUAAUUAUACAAUAUUAAGAUCUGAUGUGCAUAUUGGAGUGAUGACCGAUUGUAUAUGAAGUAACAUUACCCGUUUUGUAUGAACAUAGAUUCGAAGGUCAAUUAUACUGAAAUUUGAGUCUACAGAUGUAUAUCGCGAGUACAUGAAUCGUAUAAUCCCUGAAAGACAUCGGAUCAUCGUCUAAUCCCUGAUAUAUUCAUGAGAACGAAGUAUGACUGAUGUGAGCAACGAGCGAUAUGAGGAAAACUCGAACUUUUCGACCAUGUAAUUGAAGAGGUGGUUUGUUAAGCACAUAAUUUGUUAAGUGCGGGAAUUUGAAUAUUAGUUAUUGAUGCGUAAGAUUCUUAGGACAUAGACUAACAAACUUAACGAUACGAACGUUGUCAUGAGUAAGCAUUAAAUCUUAUAACCUAA